UACCCUAUUACCAGGCGAGAUAUAAGCUUAGGCCUUUAAAUCAAUUAAAAAGAAAAAGAAGAAUAUCUGACAGUUAACGCCGUUGAAAAAACUGUUUUUGAAAUUUUAAUAUACCGACCUCUGAUGGCUCUGAUCCUCUCUGAUCACGCUCUGAUCCACUCUGAUUAUUGCAUCAUUGGCUCCUUGGCUCAAAGAUUGGAUCUGAUACAUUAGUUCUGUUAUCUGCAUGUUAUCUGUGUCUGAUACCGACCUUAAUUAUUUGCUUAUUAUCACAUUAUCACUUACUUUUUUAUGUUGUGAUGUUUUACAGAUUUUAAAUACAUAGCUCUGUGCAUCGUACAUAAAGCGAAUGAAGGAAAACGAAAAAACCAAGGAAAGAGAAAUUAAGAUAAUAAAAGAAUCGGUGUGAUUUGGUUUGGAAAGUUGAAUUUUGAUAGCUAAAUCGACUAAUAUCUAAUACAGUUUGUCAAGAUGAAGUGCGGGGAAUGCACAGAUCCUAAGAAUUUAUCUCAAGUUAAGGAAACGUGGGACGAAUUUUUUGAAAAAUAUACAACUCUAAGUAAAGCCGAUACAUCAGAAAUACCUAUUUCAACUUUGGGACUUGAUGAAGAUAUGACGAGUUAUGUGGCUUCAAAUAAUACCAAUACAUCAGAAAUACAUGUUGCCUCUAGUGAAGGACCUAAAGAAAAAACUGUUAAAAAAAUAUUGAGAAGAAUUAGAAGGGUAUUGUUUUAUAGAAGUGAAAGUAAGAUAUUAGAAGACGGACAUUUGGAUGAAUGGAACAAUAAAUUACAGGAAGAAGUUGAAAAUAUAUUCAAGUUAAUUACACGCAAAGAGUUAACUGAUUAUAUCAACAAUUGGCUCUAUUUAUCUCCAAAACUGGAUGAUAUUAAAUUUCGUAUUGAAAACAAUCUAAACAGUACUUUAAAACUAAGUUUAAUUAAUAGGUACCAAUUUACUAGAAAAGGUACCCGUUUUAGAGAUGAAAUCAAUAAAGGAAUUCGUUAUGAGUGGGAGAGGUUAUGUUGCUCUAUUUCUUUGGAAGAUUUGGUUAUUUACAGUUUGAACAUUCUAAAAUAUCUUAAAUCUCAAAAGUCUGAGAAAAUAAAAAAUUAAAGUUAAAGUAUUUUUAUUAUUUGAAAUAUUAUAUGUUCAAGUUAAUGUAAUAAAUGUAUUGUUUUUGUGUUUUUAUCAAUAAAGUUUUAGUUAU